GAAAAAGGGGGUCCGUUUAUUUAAUAAGCGGGUAACGAUCCAAAUGGGAAGUGAGUUCUCUCGCUCAUCAGGCCAUAUCUUUUGUCCUUACUUCAAAAUCCAUCAUCCAUGGCUGCAAUAGCUUCCUUUUCUCUACUGCGAAGCUUUGCCGCAACCACUGCAAGAGCUUUUCUGACUGUGAAGCCUCCCUCCACCGUCUCUUCCGCUUGUCUCCUUCCUCUUCGCUCUCGCAGAUUGCAGUUUAAUGCUAGUGCUACAAACAAUGAAGAGGCUGCUGCCAGAGAAUCUGCAGCCAAUGCUGACAGUGGAGCUCCAACCAUAUUUGACAAGAUCAUAGCUAAGGAAAUCCCUUCAAGCAUUGUUUAUGAGGAUGAUAAGGUCCUAGCAUUUCGGGACAUCAAUCCAGAGGCUCCUGUGCAUGUUUUAGUCGUUCCAAAGUUUAGGGAUGGAUUGACACAGCUUGGGAAGUCUGAAGCAAGGCAUGGGGAGAUUCUGGGGCAGCUUCUCUAUGCUGCGAAAAUAGUGGCGGAGAAAGAAGGUAUCCUUGAUGGGUUUCGCGUUGUCAUAAACAGUGGUCCGGAUGCCUGUCAAUCUGUUUAUCAUCUCCACUUGCAUGUCUUGGGUGGGAGACAGAUGAAAUGGCCGCCUGGUUGAAGAUUUGAAAAGCUUCCAUGUUAAAACUUCAGAUUCGUUCCAUGCUUCUCUGGGUGACCUCACAACCUUAGAAGAUCUGGACCUAAAAACUAGAAGAGUUAAUAAAUAGAGGGUUUUCAUUAAGGACUAUGUACUGCCCGUCUAUAUGGCCCUAAUAGAAUUGAAUGGGAAAAAUGGUCUUGAGUAGCCUGCCACUAGUUGGGACAUGAGGCUUUGUUGAGUUGGAUAUAUUGUGCUUUAAAGCAUUUUUAAGUUUAUUCUUUA